UUAUUUUUUAAAUUCUUAAUAAAGUUGUAAAGCAUCUUGUGUUAAUUAGAAGGAGCACCUUUAUAAUUUCACAUUAUUAUUUUUCACAUUGUCGUGAUUACUACCAAAGCCUUAUGUGCACUGAAGAGUCUUGGUCUUAUAUAACAUUGUUAUAGCCUGGGUGACUGUCAUGACUCAUUAGGAAUUAUAUUGUUGGCCUAUUCUAGUUUCUCAUAAAUAAAUCGAGAUUUAAGACAUCAGUUAAAAGUCUGCAGCACUUAAUCGAGUCGUUUAUAAUUUUCAGUCGGUGCGCGAGGCUGUGCCGUCAGUGGGGCCAAUUUUACAGGAGUAACGUGUGACGACUGACGCUGCAGGGCACCUGUAAACCAGGUUAACGAGCAAACAACGCGGGCUAAGAGAAACGCACCGUUUGAAACAGCACCGCCGGGGAUGGAGCUGCGGUGUUUGCGGUCCAGUACGCGGCCCCUUUAAGAUUUAGGACUUGGGAGUGACGCGGAUAUGAAAGCUAGUUUAUCCCUCUCUCCUUCGCUAUGAAAGAUAUUUGAACAAACUAGACAAGCGACUGCAAGCUCCGGUUAAUCAGCUGAUUAUGAUGCCGGUUUGCAUUAUUUUGUAGGAGGUGUUGAGACCGGAGUGCGUAGUGGUUGCGACCGAUUUGUCACCGUAUACUUUUUCGGGCCGUCCUCCUCCUCCUCCUCCUCCUCCUCCGAGGUGCUGGGAUAACUUUGGAGAAGUUCUUUGUAUUCGGGAUAGUCACACAGCUUGGCCCACAAGCUGAACAUGGACUGGGGCACAGAGCUUUGGGACCAAUAUGACAUCAUUGAGAAGCAUACACAGUCCGGCCUGGAGCUGGUGGAGAAGUAUGUGAAAUUUGUGAAGGAGAGGACAGAGAUUGAGCAGAACUAUGCCAAACAACUGAGGAACCUUUCCAAGAAAUAUAACUUAAAACGAAGCAGCAAAGAUGAACCAGAGUGCAGGUUGUCCAGCUACCAGUCUUUUUUGGACAUCCUGAAUGAGAUGAAUGACUAUGCGGGCCAGAGGGAGCUAAUUGCAGAGAACAUGAUGAUGAGCAUUUGCAUCGAUCUUACCAAGUACCUGCAAGAGCUCAAGCAGGAACGAAAGACGUAUCUGAUGGAGGCCAAGAAGGCCCAGCAGAGUUUGGAGAGCACCUACAAGCAGCUCGACAGUAGUAAAAAGCGCUUUGAGAGGGAAUGGAGAGAAGCAGAGCGUGCAGCGCAGUACGCCGAGAAGACCGAUCAAGAUAUCAAUGCCACAAAAGCAGACGUUGAAAAAGCCAAGCAGCAGGCUCACAUGAGAGCACACAUAGCGGAAGAGUGUAAGAACGACUACGCUGCUCAGCUUCAGAAGUACAACAAGGAGCAGAACCAGUUCUAUUUUAAUGAUAUGCCACUCAUUUUCAAUAAAUUGCAGGAUCUGGAUGAGAGGCGAGUACGGAAGCUGGCGCAAGGCUACAUCUUGUUCUCCGACACAGAGAAGCAUGUGAUGCCUAUCAUCGGCAAGUGCCUGGAAGGCAUUACUAAAGCCGGCACAAAUGUUAACGACAGGAAUGACUCCAUGGUUGUAAUAGAGCAGAACAAGUCAGGCUUCGAACGUCCUGGAGACGUGGAAUUUGAGGACUACAGUCAGGGCAUCAACAGAGCCUCAUCUGACAGUAGCUUGGGCACACCUAAAGGCCCUAUGGACCUUCUGGGAAAGAACAGGAGUAAAAAUUUUUGGCUUUUCAGCAAAAGGAGUAAGCUCUCUCCCUCCACACUCCCACCUUUCUCCACACCCCCUGCCCCCUCGCCCGCUAACGGACCCCCUUCCCCCAAGUUUGGCCGGGACCCCCUGUCGUAUUGUUUGAAGGAGAUCAAUAAGACAGUCAAACCCAGAAUCUCUUCAUUCCGGACACUCAGGAGAUCGAAGUUUACUCCAGAGAGGAUCACGCCUACGGUGACAGAGGACUUCGCCCAUCUUCCACCAGAGCAGCGCAGAAAGAGGUUACAACAGAAACUGGAGGAAAUUUGCAAAGAGCUGCAAAAGGAAGUAGAUCAGAGUGAGGCCCUGGGGAAGAUGAAAGAUGUUUAUGAGAAAAAUCCUCAGAUGGGAGACCCUGCUAGUCUGGCAUCCCAAAUCAGCCAGACAUCCCAGAAUAUAGAGCGGCUUCGAGGAGAGCUCAACAAGUACGAGACUUGGCUUGCAGAGGCAGGAGGCCGAGGGGACACACUGCGCUACAAAUCUCACACUUUCAACAACAACGGAGCCCAUGAUGUUCACAGCCCCGAUGGAGCUCACUCUGAUGAAAGCACUCCAGAUCCCUCCCAGGCCAUCUACGCCGAGUUUGAUGAUGACUUUGAGGACGAGGAACUAGCUGCUCCGAUUGGGAAAUGCACAGCCAUGUACAACUUUCCGGGUGCCAGUGAAGGCACCAUCUCUAUGCAGGAGGGGGAGGUGCUGGCAGUGGUAGAGGAGGACAAAGGGGAUGGCUGGACCCGAGUCCGUAGGAACAAUGGGGACGAAGGCUACAUACCUACAUCUUAUGUCACCAUCUCCCUAAACAAAUGACGGACGAGUGAGGAACAAGAGAGGGAGAAACGACAUCUUCAAAAACUGUAUGCAGUUCUUCCAAUGGGUCCAAUCAAAAAGAAGCGACAGCAGGAGGACCACUGGUCUAUCCAGAGGGAGAUCCAAAUGAGGUGCUUUGAUUUCUUGAGAGAAGUUCCCCAUAUGGGCAGAGGAAUGGUGCUGACAGUAUGUUCCCUCACGGCUUAUAUUACAUUAUUGUAAUCUCAGUUACCCAAGUCACUCAAAUCACAAGCUUAUUUUACUUUCUGAUAUCAUGUCACAAAUUUGUUUCUUUUUCGGUUUUGGUUAAAAAGUGUUUCAUGCAUGGAUCUUAGGCAGCAUCUUGGUACGAGUGCUUGCCUUGUUAAACAGCCGGAUCAGGCAUUACCUUCUGAACAUGAGACAGAAGAAGUAGAGAAGAAGGAGGAAGAUGAGUACUGCUGCCAUCUUUACACUGACUGUCAAUACCAGUAAUAGGAAAUUACCUCACCUGUUUACCUUUUUAAAAACUGACCAAUGGCAGUCCACUCCACCGCUGAACCUUGUACAUAUGACCUGUUGCAGUCCUCUUUACUAGCACUUGUGAAGAUGUAUGGCACCGUCACUUUGCUCAUGGUAGGACUUGAGUGUCCUUGGGGGAUGAAUGAGGUUUGGGGAGAGAAAACUUCACUCUUGGUUUUCAGCAAUUUUUUAAGACCAUAGGUGAAGACAGCUCUCUUGGCAUGGAAAAUCAGAUGCACACAACCGUACAAACACUUCAAUAUUCCGACAAUCACUGUCAUCUCAAGUUCAUUUUCAAACUUUAGCAGUAACAAUGAUAUAGCUGUUAUUUUCUGAUAGUUACAACCUGAAAAUUGUACUAAGAAUAAUUUAUUACAAAGGUGUAUGUUCUAUAAAUAAAAUUUUCGAGUUUGACAGAAGUUGUACUUUGUAUUAAGGAUGUUCUCAAGUUGUUCUUUUCCCCUUGCACACAUAGUGGACAGUCUGUAGCCACAAAAGGGAGUAAAUAAUGCACACAUAAAAUGUGCUUCAUUAAGACUAUUAUAUUUAUGUGAUAAAUAAUAUAUACUUUAGCUAUCACAACACCACUAUUGUCUUAUUAGCUUUUUAAAAACUUAAAUAAAGAUUGUUACAAUGUGAAAGAGAACUAAAAGUCUCUAAUUAGGUUGCUAAUAAUAUUUGGAUUUACAUCACACCUCCUCAAGUUGAUCCACUUUCUGUUUCUUUUUUUUUUUAUGUUUUUAUGGAUUCAGCAAGCAAUAACUGCUCUGUUGUCUUUGGUGCCUUUCAGCUUAAAAGCAUUUUGUAUAUAUCAUUUUUGCAUAUAAGAUUUUUUUCAAGACUUAAAAAAUGUAAAACGCAUAACAAAGUUAGAAUUGGUUAUGUCAUUUUUGGACAAAUAAAUAUUUGAAACAAA